AUGCACUUCUUUCGACUUAAACCGCGAUAUCAACCACAACGACAAUCAUCUCAUACAGUUGAUCAAAUUGAUUUACCUGUAAUUGCUCGUCGACGUACUCUACAAUUGCCACCAACAUCAAUUGCACCGCCACAAUUCAAAACUCGUAUAUGGCAUUUAUUACCAUUUGUUGGAAAGAAUACUAAUGAGUGUUUAUUUAUCCUUGGAUAA